UGUGUGCAUGUGUGUGUUUGGCUGUGUGUGUGUCUCAGUCUGCCGGCUGUUGUCGCUGUGCUCACACUGUUUGGUACUUUCACAGCCACUGUGCCAUCUGUCCGAGCAUUUUUCGCGGAGGUUGAAUGAAACUAAACGAGUUUUCGUCCCCCUAUCUGGAUAGUCUCCUUUUUUGGGAACUGACUCCAAGACUCCAGGAACCUAAACAUUUUCAGAACUUGCGAAUAAACAGGUCCAGUCCACCGAAGCUGUGUAAAGUCAUUCCUGCCUCACCGGCAGCAUCUCUGAGGGGUUUUGUGUGUCAUCAGGACCUUGAGACACAACGGCACACACAAAGUGAUGCUCAGGCUCAUCGCUCUCACGGUAGACCUGGCAGACCUCUAAUCUCUAAAAGAUUGAUGAGGUCUUCUCCAGGCUCAGGAAGCCUGGCAUGGCACUGAUAAGGCAGCUUUCAUUUCACCACAUCAUAUAGCUCACUCCUUCCCUUCUUCACCUCUUAUACUGGAGGACAAAGACCGGCCUGGAAGCGUGAAAGAGGAUUAUAACAUGUCAAGUCAAGAGGACAGUGGUUUAAGAAUAGGAGAGAUUCCCUGGAAAUAACACGUAUGUUUUCCUCCAUUGCCUCGUGUGGGACUGCUGAGCAGGACGUCAGAGUCAUCAUGUCACUGUCAAACUGCUGGAGCUGGAACAUAGUGAAACUACAGAAGGGGAAAAUGCAAAGCUGAGAGUAGCUGAACACACUUCGCACACCUGCAGAUAGUCUGAUACAUGACAAUGUGCAACAUCACCUUCUGUAAUGUGGAUAGUAAGGUGGACCAGUUCUUUCAGCCCACACUCUACAUCAUAGUCAUCGUUCUUGGGCUGCCGACUAACUGCAUGGCCCUGUGGGCCGCCUACAUGCAGGUACGCCAACGCAAUGAGCUUGGCAUCUACCUGAUUAACCUGUCGGUGGCUGACCUCCUCUACAUUGCCACUCUUCCUCUUUGGAUCGACUAUUUCCUUCAUCACGAUAACUGGAUCCACGGUCAGGAGAGCUGCAAGCUAUUUGGCUUCAUCUUCUAUACUAAUAUAUAUGUCAGCAUCGCGUUCCUGUGCUGCAUAUCACUGGACAGGUACCUGGCUGUGGCAUACCCUCUGCGCUUUGUGAAAGUUCGACGAAUCAAAACAGCUAUCCUCGUCAGCACCAUUGUGUGGAUCAUUGAGAUUGUAGCAAACUCUGCUCCUCUCUUCCAUGAUGAGCUCUUCCAGGACCGGUUCAAUCACACCUUCUGCUUUGAGAAAUAUCCAAUGCAGGACUGGGUAGCAGGCAUGAACCUCUACAGGUCAUUUCUUGGCUUCCUUGCUCCGUGGACGGCAAUGCUGGUCGCCUACCGAGGGAUCCUUGCAGCAGUGCGUUGCAAUGUCUCAACAGAGCGCCAGGAAAAGGCCAAAAUUCAGCGGUUAGCUUUGAGUUUGAUUCUCAUUGUUUUGUUCUGCUUUGGACCAUAUCAUAUCCUCCUCCUGGUGCGGAGUGUCAUGUUUUUACAGAAGCCAUGUGACUGCAGCUCAGAGGAAACCUUGUUUGCAGCAUACCAUGUAUCGUUGGCAUUGACCAGCCUGAACUGCGUAGCUGACCCUAUUUUGUACUGUUUCGUUAACGAGGGAGCUAGGAAUGAUGUCGGCCGAGCCCUGUCGGCUUUACUGUCAGUGGCCUGCAACAGGCGGCCCUCUUCUUCGCCUUCACAUGCUGACAUUCUCAAUGCUGGUUCAGUAACCAUGGACACACCGCUGUCAACAAAGAAGCAGCCUUGUGUGUAUGCGGAUCCAGGCAAGACCAACAACUACAAGACGGAACUGGUGGCUCUGAAGGAGGAGUGUCUACAGAUGACCAUCCUCAGGAAAUAACUUAACUAGUUGGAACAAGUAGUAGCAGGUCCAAACUGAUCAGCUCAGUGAGAGGCCGGCAGCUCCUAACAGUUCCAGGGUCUCAUUUCUGAUGGCCUAACGGGCUGAAAUCAGAUGCAACCAGUGGCUGCGGAUGCACAGGGUUCAGUCAGUAGGUGACAUAUCAAAACGGCAGAAUAAGGAUGGGAUAAAUGAAAUAACAAAACACAGGGUCUGUGGUCAUGUGAACAGACAUGUGGGAGGAUGAAAUGCUUACGCAGCAAAACACAAAAUUGUUAGGUGAAUGAAAGAUAGUCAAACCACUGGUUAGAUUCUCACCACUGGUGAUGCAAAAAGUAAAGUGUAGUCUGAGAGUGAAACCUGAGGACAGAUCAUGCUGUCAAUUUUGUCUGCUAACAAAAACCUUUGGACAUUACAUAAAAAACCCGUUAACACAUCAGGCUCAGACAGAAAGGUCGCGAAGCUCAGUUCUGUCUCAUGGAUUGAAUGUUUUGUAUUUAGAGCUGCAGUUUAACAGCCUCCACACAGCUACAGUGCAUGCAGAUGUUAGCAUGCUAAUGUCCUAUUCUGCCCUAGCAAUCUGGCUAUGGUCAUCAUGAAGUAUCAUCAUGAUAAUGUGAAGUGUCUGAUCAGAAGAAACUUUGGGCUGCUGAGUCAGGGGAUCUCAAGCAUCUGCAGGAUUCAGCCACAGCAGACUUUUGCAUUGGCCAAUCUAGCCAGCAAAUCGUUUUUGUCUUCAGUCUGAACCAAAGUGCAAGAAACACAAGCUGACAAAUCUGAUGUCUGUGGGCGGUGUGGCUAAUAAGGAUUUUAUCAACAAAAUUUGAUGACUUGGAUUUUUGGACAAUUUUUCCAGCGUGCCAGGAAUCAUUCACAAAGAUACCGUUGAAUAUUUUUGAGAAAUCCUCGAACAGACCACGCUCUGCAUGGCUGAGUCCUAUUAGUGGUCGAAACUCAAAUGCACUUAAGAAUAUAUCCCCACUUUGGGAUAUAUAGAAGAAGCAGGAUGGCGAUUAAAAGGACAGAGGAUUAAUGGUCUCUUGAAAAUGUCUUUAUUAUGGUGUUCAAUUUUUAAAGGAAUUUUUAAAAAGCCUUAUGAAGUACCUCAGCUUGUAAACUGUGAUGGCAAGAAGGCUUACAGUAGAGUUGUUGUAUACCAUGAGCCAUGUUUUCUAUUUUAUUUUUUACAACACACAGCAAAUAAACCUCCCUCCAGCGGGAUAUCAAAAAGAAAUCUUAAAAGCCUUCAGAUAAGUUUGAAAGUUUAUUAUUUUCCAUUAUUUUAUGUUGUGGAGCUGAAGAUCAGUGUCAUACUUCAGACAAAUGUAUGUGUAUGCAAUUAACAGUAGCUACUGGAAUAUGUGAGCAUACAUACCGCUAAAUGAAAAAUGUAUUGCUUAAAAAAUAAUCAAUGAAUUCAAGCUGCACGCUUGGGCUAAAGAGUGCACACAGUUGACCAACAGUGAUAACGUUUACAUUGCAGUUACAGACAGGCCUUCUGGCUUAAACUAUCCAGACUAAUCUAAUUUAUAUGUAGUACAAACUUUCAGAUGAGUUUUUCCUCCAUUUGCAUGUGCACCACUGCACAGCACUCAUAAUUAAUCCUCGGCUUCCCUAAAAUGGAAAGAAAAUGUGCAUUCGGCUUUGAUUGAAGUGACAUCCCUGGCUGCUAAUAACCUUUGUUAUAUUAGUGAAACAGAUUCAUAGAUUUUUUAUUUUCUUUAUUUUGAAAGGCUUGAUAAGGAAAUCCUUCAGUAGCUAUAACUAUUAAACCACUUUCAGAAGAACCAGUAGCAGGUUAAGGUUGAAUUUAAAUAGGAAAUUGACUGUUAUUGAUGAUUUAUUUAAAAUUAAAAUAUUAAAAAUAUAUAUACUUGACGCUGAUUGUUUUAAAUGUAAAUAUGGCUGACAAUUUCUUAAAUUUUUUUAAUGAUAAGCUUGGUCAUAUAAAGUAAUUGCUACUGAAACCAGUGAUGCACAAGCCCCGUAUUAGGAUGGAUGUUGGUUCAAUCCCGACUUUAAAAGAUCACGCCAAUCUACGUGUUUAGGAAAAAAGUUCACUUCAGUUGUCAGACUGAUCUAUAAAUUUUAUUUCAGAUUGGAUUUGUUUACAUCAUACGAUGCCCUGCUGGAUGUUUAGAGACAAAGCAAUGUGAAUUUUCUGACGUGCGGUAUUGCGGCUCAGAUUAUUCCAGUGCAAUCAAAUUAUUUUGUGGAUUCAGGUAUCAUGUUGCUGUUCCACAUGCAGUAUGGGACAUAUUUCGGAAAACAUGUUUAUGUUGUGCUGGCAUGAAAUCAUUGCUAAAUUCAGUGGAAUAAUGUAAAGUAUCUGGACAAGUUCAGCUUGUUAAUGUUGCCCUAAGUGUUGUCCUAUGUGCCACUGGUUUUAAUGUAUCUAUGUGUCAGUCCAAAGCAGGAGGUGCCAGGCUUCAAAAUGUGUAUUUGUUCAAUAACAGUGUCAGUGAGAAAUAAAUUAUGCAUAUAAAAAAA